AUGAUGGAUAAACGUUGGAAUGAUGAUAUCGCUUACGUUUUUUCCGCUCAUAGAUUGUUCCUAGGUCCGUACGGUUUGUGGCCCUUGCAAACGCAGACAGUGUUCACGAAGAUACGAUGGGGCUUUUGCACGAUUGCACAGUUUCUGAUACUACCCUUCGCUUUAUUGGAUCUCUUCUGGAGCGAUCAGGAUGCCGGUUCAAAUCUAGAAUGUUUGACGUAUAUUGUGUCUACGGGAAUCGGAGUCGUAAAAAGUGUGUGUAUUAGAGCCAGUCAAAAGAAACUGGGCAUAAACAUUAAUGCUGCUAUCGAUGAUUGGUUAUCUGCUAAUGAGGAAGAUAAAAAGAUUAUGAAGAAAUAUGCUAAUAGAUCCAAAGUAUUCACCGCUUCAUUAUUAUACACAGUAGCUGUGUGUACUGGCAUCUAUGUAUUAGUCGUCGUAUUCGUAAAUCUGAAACAGAUAUAUUUUCCGGAUGAGAAUUUAGCGGAUGUUAAUACAACAAAUUGGGUGCUUCUGAUUCCAUCUGGUCCACUUAGUAACUGGAUCACCGGUACACAAUCUGCGAUAACUUUGACUAUCCAGAUCAUUCAGGCAUGCAUAUUAUCCAUCAUGUUAGGUAUCGCGGAUAGCCUCUUCUUCACCGUCACGCUACAUCUCGCCGGUCAACUCGAGGUGCUCAAAAGUAAAUUCCAAACUUUUGCGAACGAGCCGAACACCGAGGCAAAUUAUCGAAAGAAAUUCGUCGGCUUGAUUAACAGGCACAGCGAGCUAACGGAAUUGUAUCAAAAUUUGGAAGACAGCUUCCACAUUCUUAUAUUAUCUCAACUUGUGGUAACGACAGUUAUGCUUGCACUAGCGGGAUUGCGUUUAAAUAUCAACCUGAACGAGAAAAAUUAUGUUGAAGUGACAAAGGGUAUUAUGGUUUUGAACUUCUUAUUAUUGCAAUCGUUGGUAUUUACCUAUGGUGGUGAAUUCCUGCAAAACGAAAGCGAAGAUAUAUUCCAUGCUUUAUACACGACUUCCUGGUUUACGCUUCCUUUAGCGUUGAUGAAGGACCUACAUUUCGCAAUGAUGAGAUCGAAUAUACCGUUUCGCUUGACCGGAGGGAAAUUUUUCUAUGUUAAUCGCGAGACAAUGAUGUACAUCCUCAAGACAUCGGCAUCCUGUAGAUUAUUUAUUUAUCAACAGAUACACCCUACGUGACUGUAAAUCUAUUAUUUCAUAGAUAACG